AUGCACAUUCACGCUGCGCAGUUUGAAGGUUCAGGUGGCGGACGCUUUAUUUUGUAUGCUCUCUCGGGACUCCUCAUCUUCUCAGCUUCUCCACCUCGUCGCCGUCCUCCUUCUAUCCUUUUUCACACAAAAGUCUUUCAAUCAAUUGAAGCCAACAAAACGGCGGAACUAUCUGAUUGCUAUCAAUCACCCCACCACUACCAAGCGCCUCAACUGGCCUGUUGGCCAGCAACCUUGGAGGGUGGCUCAAUCAACGCAAGUCCACAGGCCGGUGCGGCCCUCUACAGUCCCUACUUAGCAGCUCCCGCCGCAGCGGCAGCUGCAAGGGUGGGCACACCCGCUAUGACAAGUAUGGGCAGUCCUACAGAGGUGCAUCAGGUACUGGCGGCUCUAGCGGCUGCCACGGCUGCGGCCACCGCAUCACCGGGCACCAUGAAGGAUUCACGAUGGCUCACAUUGGAGGUGUGUCGUCAGUACCAACGAAAAAUGUGCUCCAGAGAUGAAAAUGAAUGCAAGUUCGCUCACCCACCUCCACAUGUGGAUGUACAAAAUGGACGUGUUAUCUGUUGCUACGAUUCCAUCAAGGGCAUGGAGAUUGAAACAGGCUUAGUCAUACCCUCCAUCCGCCUUUGUCUUCAUGCGAGGCGCCAACUGAGCGCCCCAUUUUCCGCUCUCUGCCUUAUAAUACACCGAUCACCUUUCCAUGGUCCACUCCUUUUACCUGUCACUGUCAACGUACAGCCACCGGAAAUCGAUUGGCUUAUAAUCAGUCGUGUUUACUUCUACUUGACAAAUACACAAAUGCAGCGUCGGUGCGCACCGCCAUUCCGUAAAUAG